AUGCCAGGCACAAAAGAAGGGAAUAUUGCAGAUGUUAGUAAAUGGGAGGAAAAAGAUCAUGUCAAAAUCAACAUUGCAGCCGAUGGGAAAGACAUAGAACUGAGCAUAGACAACGCAAGCAAGCUAAAAAUCAAAUAUAAGAACCGUCUCCAAAUGAUCAUCCCAAAGCAGCAAGAAUCUAACAGCUCUGACACCAAUGAAACUCAGCCAGUGAAUACUACUAGCAUCCCAAAGGAGCAAGAAUUUAACAGGACUGACAUCGACAAAACUCAACCAGUGAAUACUACUAGCAUCCCAAAACAACAAGAAAAUAGCUCUGACACCAACAAAACUCAGCCUAUGAAUACUACGAGCAUCCCAAAGCAGCAAGAAUCUAACAGUUUUGACACCAACAAAACUCAGCCAGUGAAUACUACUAGCAUCCCAAAACAAGAAGAAUUUAACAGUUCUGACGCCAACAAAACUCAGCCUGUCAAUAUUACUAGCAUCCCAAAGCAGCAAGAAUCUAACAGUUCUGACACCAGCAAAACUCAGCCAGUGAAUACCAUCAGCAUCCCAAAGCAGCAAGAAUUUAACAAUUCCGACACCAACAAAACUGACCAGUUUGUGAAUACUACUAGCAUCCCAAAGCAGUAA